CCUUCCUUGUGGAGUUGUGGGUUGUUAUAUUCGUAUCUGACACUUCUCAUGCAUAAAGUACAGGUUGAAAGGCAGGGAAGAAGAAUAAGGAAUAUACAAUCUUUCUCUCAAGCAGAAGAUUAUCCACAGCUCCGUAAGGAAAUAUAAAAGAAGGGUGGAGAUCAUAGUUUGCUUAUAGUUUUGAUGGAUAGCGCCAACAUAGUAACCGUCCUGGAAUCCGAAGGAGUUGAGUUCCUUCUAUCUGGUGAAAGAAAGGUACCCUUGUCAUCAUGCAAUGGGAAGACAGUAUGCCUCCUCUUCUCUGCAAAUUGGUGUAGGCCUUGCAAGGCUCUGACUCCUCAGCUUGUGAGACUUUAUGAUACCCUUAGAUAUGAUGGCAAAGAUCUUGAGAUUAUUUUGGUCUCCUUCGACCGCGAUGAGGACAAAUUCAAUGAACACUUCAAGUGCAUGCCAUGGCUGGUAGUUCCAUUCGAUGUAAACCUGCACAAAAGAUUGAGUGACAUAUACCAUGUUGAUCGGAUUCCAUCACUUGUUCCGUUGAGUUCAGAUGGGAUAUCAAUUGAGGAAGAUUUGAUUGGACUUAUUGAAGACUAUGGUGCCGAGGCAUUUCCUUUCACUAGGAAGAGAAGAGAGGAAUUAAGGGCAAUAGAUGAUGCAAAGCGUGAUGGUGGAAAACUUGAAGAGCUUCUGGCACAUCAAGGAAGAAACUUUCUCAUGUCUAGGGAUGGUAGAGAGAUAUCAGUAUCCGAACUUGUUGGCAAAACCAUAGGCCUUUACUUUGGUGCACACUGGAGUCCUCCUUGCCGCGCUUUCACUUCCAAGCUCAUAGAAGCAUACAGUGAGCUUCUGACAUCCAAUGAUGAAUUCUUUGAAAUCAUUUUCGUCUCCACAGAUCGAGACCUCAAAGAAUUCGAACUAAACAUAUGCAACAUGCCAUGGCUUGCCAUCCCCUACCAUGAUAAAACAAGACAGGACCUUUGCCGAAUCUUUAACAUUAAAGAGAUUCCGGCUUUGGUUCUAAUUGGACCAGAUGGGAAGGCUGUUAGCACAAAGGGGAGGGCUUUGAUCUCUUUGUAUGGCGCAAAAGCUUUUCCAUUUACAGAGUUGAGGAUCAAAGAGCUUGAAGCAGCCUUGGGAAAAGAAGGAGAGGCAUUGCCUCCUCAAGUGAAGGAUAUAAAGCAUGACCAUAUGCUGAAGUUGGACAUGGCCAAAGCAUAUGUAUGUGAUUUUUGCAAGAAGCAAGGGAGGUUCUGGGCAUUUUCGUGUGAUGUUUGUGACUAUGACCUUCAUCCAACUUGCGUAGAUAAGUCAUUUUAAGAAGCCUUUGAAUGAAGUUGCAAGAAUCAAGAUUGGUUCUGGGAUUUUUUUUGUCAUCUGUGUCACUAUGAUCUUCAUCCAACUUGUGUAGGAAAGUCAUCUCAAGAAGUAUGUCACUUAUGGGAAGUGUAAAUUUAUUGAAUAAUGAAGAUUGGCUACUCUGAAAUUAUUUGCAUUUAUACAAUACUGAUAUUAUUUAUUUAUUA